UUAACUUUCCGGAUAGGCAGCGAGCUGCUCGGACUUCAAGUUCCUCGUGAAUAUAAAUAAUAACCUUCAGCCGCUUUCAGCCCAGCUCGUUUCAAUAUUAUUUAGCAAUACAAUAAUCAUCACCUCUCAUCCCCCGAAAAUGGUUGCUUACAGCGAAAUCCUCGCCUCCAACGCGCUGAUUAACGAUGCCACGGCACCACGCGUCUCCGUCUUUAUGGGCGGCACAUCUGGCAUCGGAAAACUCACCAUCAGAGCCCUUGUCGCCACCGGCGCCAGUGUCAAGAUCUACCUGGUCGGCCGCAAAAGCUCGGAACAACGCACGUUCGCCUUCAUCCGAGAGCUGCGCUCCAUGAAUCCCAAGGCCCAAAUCAUCUGGACCGAAGCCGAAAUAUCCUUGCUCGCCGAAACAAAACGAGUAUGCGACGAGAUCAAGCAAAAGGAACGACACGUCGACCUGGUGUUCCUGACCGCGGGCUACGCGCCCUUCGGUGAGCGCAUCGAGACAGCGGAGGGUAUCGAGGUCUCGCAGAGCCUCGAGUACUACUCGCGCGUGGCCUGUAUCUUGCAUCUCCUCCCCCUCUUGGAGCAAGCGGAAGCCCCCCGGGUUGUUAGUGUUUUGGCGGGGGGGCUGUCCAGGGCAAAGGUCGAGCUUGACGAUAUCGACCUCAGGAAGCCGGGGAACUUCGGCAUGAUGAAGGCUCAGACACAAUACGGCACCAUGAACUCGCUGGGGCUGGAGAAGCUGGCCGAUGAGAACCCUCAUGUGGUCUUCGUCCACUCGUGGCCGGGCUGGGUCAACACGGGCAAUCUGGGCCGGACAUUUGAUUCGAAGACGGGCAUCAUCGCCCGAGUCGCCCACACCAUUUUAGGGUGGCUCAUCGGCAUGUUUGCGAUGAGCGACGAGACGUCGGGGCAGAGGAACCUGUUUCAAUGCACCAGCGCUGCGUAUGGCAGCCGCGGCGUACCGUGGAAGGGCAAGCCGGGCGUGAAUACGCGGAACGUGGUGGCGGCAACGGAGGGGUUGUUUCAGGUCGACUACAAGUGCGGCUCCAUGCCGAAUGCGCGCGUCAUGGCUGUGCUUCGGGAGAAUGCGCGGGAGAGGAUUUGGGAGCAUACUAAGGAGGUUCUUAAACCGUAUCUAUAAUGGAGAACCUUCAUGUAAUAUCAUACUAUGAGGUAAACAGCAUCAUAUCCAAUACCAUCAUCCAACAAAGCAAUAUUUGACGCCUCCCAUUCUGCGGAAUCCCGAAACUUGACUAGGUACGGUGCAUGUAGAUCAAAGACUUUGCCGAAUUCAGGACGAUAUGCUGCGACCCAAUCCCGCUGGUUGGGUACACACUCAGCCCAACGGAGUCAACAACCGACCCAACACACAACCGAGCCUGCGACCCAAAACCUCCCCUUGAUUAGGGUCA